GUUUAAUCUGCGUAUUACGUUUAACAAAACAUAUAACAAGUGUAUCUAUCAAAACACGUGGAAAAAUAUGUACAUAUGCAUAUUUAGAAAAUUUGACGAUAUUAUAUUUCUGCUAUCUUAAAAUACAUUUAUAUUUUUUUGAUGCAUUACAACCGAUUUAACGAAAUGACAUUGCUAUAAAAAGUAAAGCUCUUAUUUGAAACAUAACCUGAAAUGAAACAGUAGAUCUUUGCGAAUCGUACGUUUGGUAGUUAUAUUUUAUUUACUCGUUAAAUUACAAAAGCUUGGUUAAUUUUUAUUUACACUUUACAACAAUUGAGGGAUAAUUGAAAGUAUUUACUUAUUUAAUUGUUUACAUUUUCAAACUAUUUUUCAUCGUCAUGGCCGAGCCAAUUGUUGAUAAACGCUUUGCACAUAUUACAAGGGAUCCCAAAUUUAAAAGGAUUCCAAAAAAUGAGCGUAAAAUUAAAAUAGAUAAGAGAUUUCAAAGUAUGUUUAAUGACAAAAAAUUUUCAAUCAAAUAUACGGUCGAUAAACGUGGUAAACCUAUUAACCAAACUUCUAUGGAAAAUCUUCAAAAAUACUAUGAACAAACUAGUAGCGAAGAUGAAUCUGAUACCGAGACUAGUACGAAUACAAAAAAAGAUCGAAAAAAGGGAAUAUCGAAACAUAAUAAUAGAAUAGUGCACGAUGAAACUAAAGAUGCGAGUCGGAAGGAAAAAAAUGAUUCGGAUGGAUCUAUUUCUAUUCGGAAUAACCCAAUUGUUACAAAAUCAAAGGAAGAAGGAGACGAGAAUCUAUGUACCGCUAGCUCAUCUUGUACAAUUGAUUUGGAUGAGGACUUGAAGGAAAAUCAUAAACAGUUAUAUAUAAAAGAUAAAGAUGAACAUUUAAAAUUAACUAAUCAAAUAAAAGAGAAAUUACAAGAUCUUUCUGUUAAUUAUGCGAGGGGUGAAGGAACUUUACUAACCGAUAGUUCUUCUGAUGAAGAAACUUCCGAAUACAGUGACGAAAGCGAAGACAUAGAACAUGGUUGGGGUGAAUUAGAUAAAGAUGCAGAAACGACCGACGAAAUAACUCGUAAAUUAGCCGUUUGCAAUAUGAACUGGGAUAGAAUACGUGCCGUAGAUCUAAUGGUCCUAUUUCAUUCAUUUUUACCCAGCGGUGGUAUUAUUCAUUCUGUUACGAUUUAUCCAUCAGAAUUUGGCCUAGAACGUAUGAAAGAAGAAGAAAUAAAAGGACCGGUAGAACUGGUCAAUGAUAAAAAAGAAGAAGAUCACAGCGAAAACGAUAACGAAGAAGGCUCGAAUUAUCAUAUGGAAAAAUUAAGGAGAUAUCAAUUGAAUAGAUUAAAGUAUUAUUAUGCAGUAUUAGAAUGCGAUUCCGCAGAAACUGCUAACAAAAUUUAUACCGAUUGCGAUGGUAUCGAAUAUGAGUCAACUGCAACAAGGCUAGAUUUGAGAUUUAUACCAGAUGACAUGAAUUUCGAUCAGGAACCUCGAGAAGUAUGUACCGAAUUGCCAGAAAUUUCUAAAUAUCAACCACGUCAAUUUAUUACUACUGCGUUGCAACAAGCAAAAGUACAAUUAACGUGGGAUGAAACAAACCCAGAAAGGGAAGAAUUAGCAAAUAGACUUAAUUCUGGAAAAAUUAACGAAAUAAAUGAGAAAGAUUUGCAAGCUUAUUUAGCGAAUGGAACUAGCGAUGAUGAUACAGACAAGGAAAUUGAACAAGACGAUAGGCACCAAAGAGAAAUUCAAGAGGAUCUAAAUACACCUAAUGAUCCCAUCGAAAAAUAUAAAUCCUUGUUGAAACAAUUGGACGAAGAUGAAGAAGCAAAAAAAAACAAAGACGUUGAAUUAGAAUUUACAUGGGGCAUUGGAACGGAAGAGAAAACAGAGAACGAGAACUUAAACUUCAACGAGAAAUUAAAUAAAAACAAAAAUUUGGCUCCAUUCGAGAAAUAUUUAGCAAAACGAAAAACCAAACAAAAAGCACGGAAGGAAGAAAUAAAAAAAUUGAUAGAAUUACACGACGAUAAAAUAUCGAAUUCGGAUGAUUCCGAUGUUAAUUUUUCGAAAAAUAAUAAACCGAUAAAUAGCCGGUUAUCAUGUAAAAAGCAACAAAUAGCUGGAGAAAAUGGCGAUGUUGAUUCUUCAUCUGUGGAAGACGAAAAAACGAAACAUGUGGAUGAAUUAGAAUUACUUUUAAUGGAUGAAACCGAGAACGAAAAUAAGAAACAUUUCGACAUGAACAAAAUAGAAGCUAAUACGAAUUUGUCAAAAUCUAAGCGCAAAAGACUGAAGAAAAAACAGAAUGUACAAAAAAUCGAGGAGGAUCAAUUUCAAGUAAACGUAAACGACCCCAGAUUUGCCUCGCUAUUUACAUCGCAUAAUUACAACAUUGAUCCUGCAGAUCCUCAUUAUAGAAAAACCAAGGGCACCGAAACCUUAAUUCAAGAGAAAUUAAAAAGAAGAGUCGAACAUACUCCUGUCGAUGUAAAGGAAGAAAAGAUGUCUGAAAAUAAUAAAAAAUUGAAACUAGAAUUGCAAGCGUUAGUUAAAUCAGUGAAGAGAAAUACUAAAACUAUCUCUCAAUCAAUAAAAUGAUGACCCUUGUGAUUAUAUGAUUUGUUAUUCAACUUCUUCCAAAUAUUAAACGCAAUUUAUUACUGUUUAAA